AUGGCGGCCAAUUUGUUAUUAGAGGAGGACGUUCCCGGUUCAAAGUUUGUUCACGCCUCUGUAGAGGAACACACAAAUAUUCAGUUAAAAAGGUGGUUGAAAUGUCGGGGUCUUCCUACUUCUGGAAAACGACCGGAUUUAAUAGAAAGAUGUCAGAAUGCUGUAAACAACAACGUGAAAAUUGAUCUGAAAGUUGACGAUGGUAAAUGGCUGAAUCUUAAAAAGAAUCCAACGCCUGCUGAAUCCCAAGUUCCCUAUGUUCCAAUUCAAGGCUGGAAGAAGUUUCCAUCUGUAUCUAUACCAAAACAUUUUAAUCAUGGGUAUAUCUACUAUUACCUUGUAGAAUCAGUAGCAUCAGUAGAGUGUGACUCAAACAGCUCUGAUGAUGACUGUGAAGAUGAUGUACAUACUAGCAAACCAUUUACUAAGGGUAUGAAUCUCUUUAGGAGUGGUCAUGUGAAAAACAUACAUGAUGUCAGUUGUAAAGGACACUAUUUUGUCAAAGCAUCAGUGUUGGCUUCCUACUCACAACAUUCCUACAACUGUACAGUAACAUUAUCCGAAUCAUCUGGAUCAAUAUUAGAGGGAACAUGUACUUGCUCUGCUUCUGGCAUGGGUAGAUGUUCUCAUGUUGCAGCUCUGUUGUUUGCAUUGGAAGACUACACGAUUGAAUUUGGGACUGACUUGCCUACAUGCACAGACAAACUACUUCAGUGGAACAAAGGUAGAAGAAAAAAAAAGAAUCCUGAGACGAUUUUCAACAAGGAAUACAAGUCCAUGAAAAAAACUCUUAAGCGUCAAAAAAAACCUCAGUGA